AUGGUAGGUAGCGCCUCUCACAUCCUACAGACGACCAUGAAGCUUCCAGUCCCAACCCGCGACCCUCUUCGUGAGCUUCCACCCCCCGACAAGGCACUCUUCUACGACUUUGGUAUUGGACCAACCACCCCAACUCCAUUCCAGUGUGUCCACCAUGCGUUCGAACACUAUGCUCGAGUCAACCCCGACACCAUUGCAGUGGAAGACUUCGAGAAGAAUAUAACAUACGCCGAACUCAACCACCAAGCCAACUGCCUUGCCACCAGGCUCCAAAACGAAGGCGUCUCCCUCGAUUCACGGGUUUGCUUCGUCGCAGAGCGCUCCAUCCCGAUGGUGGUGGGUAUCCUCGGCAUCCUGAAGGCUGGGGCCGCCUAUGUCCCUCUUGACGGCAACAUCGUCUCCGACAGCACCCUCACGCACGCUCUUGCGGGGUCGGGGUCAUGCCCAGUUCUUGUCUUGCAGAAAUUCGCCCAUAGAAUUUCUAACUCAGACCGCAACGUCCUUGCACUUGAGGCCAUCAUUUGCCAGGGUUCAUCUCAAGGCCACUGUCCCAAACCUGAAGACCUUUCUGCACCGGAGCACGGGGCGUAUGUGAUUUACACAAGCGGAACGACCGGAGUUCCCAAGGGCGUUGAUGUCAGCCACGGAAAUGUCGCCAACUUGCUGUGCUUGGCGCCGGGAAAUCUUGGGAUGAGACCCGGCCUUCGAGUCUCUCAGUUGAUGAACAUAUCCUUUGACAUGGCAGCAUGGGAGAUCCUCGGUAGCAUGUGCAAUGGUGCUACGCUCUGUCUCCGAGGCAAGACCUCGAAGGAGUGGCGGGCAGUCAUGAAGACUGUCGACAUCGUCGUAGCAACUCCGUCAAUGCUGAGGCCGCACGAUCCGUCUGACUAUCCCAACAUCAAAACGGUUGCGGUGGCUGGCGAACCGUGUCCUAAAGCCCUUGCAGACGACUGGGCCCAGCACGUUCAAUUCUUCAACUGUUGCGGGCCAACAGAGAUCACGAUUGUCAACACUAUGCAGCAGCAUACUUCGGGCGAAUUUUUGACGAUCGGAAAGCCGACUCCUAACAACAAUGUAUACGUCCUUGACGAAGACGCGACCCCUCUGCCUAUUGGGAAGGCAGGCUUAAUGUGGGCUGGUGGUGCAGGCGUCACCAGGGGAUAUGUUGAUCUACCUGACAAAACUGCGGAGAGGUAUCGUUUGGAUCCCUUUUUGAGCGACGGGUCAAUGAUGUUCAAUACUGGAGACCUUGGCCGUUGGCUCCAGAAUGGUACUUUGGAAGUUUUGGGUCGCGUUGACAAUCAAGUAAAAGUCAAGGGGUUCCGCGUCGAGCUCGAUGGCGUGGCAUCGGCUAUGGAGACGUGUCCUGGCGUGAAGACCGCGGUUGCCUUACUUAUCGACGGAGAGCUAUGGGGUUUCACCACGCCCUCUGGCGUUCCAACACAAGACAUUCAAUCUGCGGCUGCGAAGAUACAGCCUUACUAUGCGGUCCCAACGAAGCUCCUUCACAUGGAUGAGUUUCCACAUACACCCAAUGGUAAAACCGAUCGACGAGCUCUUGAGAAGAUGGCCCGAGAUCAGCUGAACGCCGAUAAGAUUUCCGAGAGGACUACUGUGUCUGACUCCAUCGCUUCGACACAAGUCACUCCUCCGGCACCUGUCUACCAGCCAGAGAGCAAAUCGGAUGAUCAGACAUCUUCAAACGCUAGAGUUGUCCAGCGUUCCCUUGGCCUUACACGACCUUCAAGCUUCACCGAUCUUGGUUCGGAGGAGUCCUCUCUUGCCCUGGCGAAGCGCGAGUACCCGUGGUCAGGCUAUGAAGAUGACGAGAUCCCCGAUAAGACACAAGGGAAAUACGUUCGCAAUCUCCGACACCAGAUCUUUUCCCUCUACCGCCGUCUCUUUGGAGUCGUGUUCGUCACGAAUCUCGGGGUCUUCGUUUCUAUACUCAUCAAAGGAGCUAAUGCGCAGCAAAUUGGGACUAUUGUCAUCGCCAAUUUGUUCUGUGCUAUUUUGAUGCGCCAAGACUAUGUUAUUAACGCCUUCUUCAACACCUUCUGUGCAGUUCCUGCGUCAUGGCCGUUGGCUAUUCGUCGUGUCUGUGCGCGAGUUUAUCACAUCGGUGGUUUGCAUUCUGGAUGCGCUAUAUCUGGCGUUGUCUGGCUCUUCCUCUUCACAGGACAAGCGACAAAAGAGAUGAUUCAAGGCUCUACAGUCUCUAUCCCCACUGUUGUUAUUACCUACUGCAUCUUGUUGCUAUUGGUCGGCAUCAUAACAUUUGCGUUCCCCUCCUUCCGUAUAAAACAUCACGACACCUUCGAGAGAACUCACCGAUUUCUCGGAUGGACUGCCACGGCCUUUGUUUGGUGCCAAGUUAUCCUGUUGACCAACGACUAUAAGCAACCUGACCAAUCUCUCGGCAAGGCUCUCGUGAAUGCACCACCAUUUUGGUUACUCGUCAUUCUAACGGGUUCUAUCAUUCUCCCCUGGGUCAGAUUGCGUAAAGUUCCAGUCCGUGCUGAAAUAUUGUCCGGCCAUGCUGUCCGUCUCCACUUUGACUACGUCACGCCUGUUCCUGGAAGCUUUACCCGUAUUUCGGACAACCCUCUCAUGGAAUGGCACGGGUUCGCCACUGUUCCAUUGCCUGGAGAGACGGGGUACUCGCUUGUUGUAAGCAAGGCAGGGGACUGGACCAGCAAGCAGAUUAGCAAUCCCCCCAAAGAGCUCUGGGUCCGUGGAAUCCCGACCUUCGGUGUUCUUCGCAUCGUGCCCCUCUUCCGUCGUUUGGUCUUCGUUGCAACGGGAUCGGGAAUUGGGCCUUGUGCUCCCUGUAUUCUGGAGAAACGUGUCCCCAUCCGCCUGCUCUGGACAUCUCCCAAUGUGCGGCAAACGUUUGGCGACAAAUUCGUGGAUGCAAUCCUAACGGCGUCUCCUGAUGCCGUCGUCUAUGAUACCCGAGUUCAUGGCAAGCCGGAUAUGGUGAAACUUACUUACCGCCUCGUGAAGGAAUUUAACGCGGAGGCCGUCUGUAUCAUUUCGAACCAGAAGCUGACGCAGAAGGUGGUGUAUGGGAUGAUGAGCAGGGGAAUCCCUGCCUUUGGAGCGAUUUGGGAUUCUUAG